AUGAGAGGAGAAUGGAACGGUUUACAAGCACUUUUUAUGAAAGAUUGUCCUUAUGCUUACUAUGUCCACUGUUUUGCUCAUCGGUUGCAACUUGCCUUAGUUACUGCAUCAAGAGAAGUUGCAUCAAUUCAUAAAUUCUUUGAGAAGCUAACUUUUUUUGUCAAUGUUGUUGGUUCUUCUACUAAGCGCCAUGAUGAGUUACAAGCUGCCCAAUCAAAAGAAAUCGAAAAAUUGUUAGAGACUGGGGAGAUUGUAACUGGUAAAGGUAAAAACCAAGUUGGUACCGUGAAAAGAGCUGGAGAUACUCGUUGGGGAUCACAUUUCAACUCUAUUUGUAGCUUGAUAAGUAUGUAUGAAGCAACCUGUACAGUUUUGAAAAUCAUUGCAAAAGAUGCAAAAAAAUUUGCCCAACGUGCGGAUGCUGAUAGUUCUUACAAUCACCUAAAGUCUUUUGAUUUUAUAUUUAUCUUGCAUUUGAUGAAAGAAAUUACGGGGACAACAGAUUUGCUUUGUCAAGCCCUGCAAAAACAAUCUCAGGAUGUUGUUAACGCUGUGCUUUUGGUUCGUUCAACAAAAGCUCUUAUUCAAGAUUUGAGAGAAAAUGGUUGGGAUAAGUUGUUUGCCAAUGUGGUGUCUUUUUGUGAAAAACAUGAUAUUGAGGUUCCUGACCUCAAUGAUUGUCAUUCAACAACAAGAUUUGGGCGUUCUCGCCUUGAAGAGAAUCAGGUAACAAUAGAACAUUAUUUCAGAGUUGAAUUUUUUUUUACUACCAUUGACAAACAAUUGCAAGAGUUGAAUAGCAGAUUUAGUGAGCAAGCAAUGGAUUUGUUGACUCUAAGUUGUGCUUUGUCUCCGGAGGAUGGAUAUAAAGCUUUUGACAUUAACACUAUAUGUACUCUUGUUGAAAAAUAUUAUCCCAUGAAUUUUAGUGAUCAGGAGAAGAUUAAUUUGCCAUUUCAUCUUCACCAUUUCCUUUUUGAGGCUCGUGAAUCAUCAACUUUGAAAAAUUUAUCAACUAUUCAAGAAUUAUGCUCAUGUUUGGUUGCUGCCAUUCCUGCCAAUGGACAACCCAAAAAACACUUGUUGCUUGAUAGGUUGUUGCGUCUUGUUAUGACUCUUCCGGUUUCUACAGCCACAACUGAAAGAUCUUUUUCAGCAAUGAAAAUUAUCAAAUCUAAGUUGAGAAACAAGAUGGGACAUGAGUUUUUAGCAAAUAGCAUGUCAGUUUACAUCGAAAGGGAUAUUAGUGAGUGUAUUAGUUAUGAAUCAAUUAUUGAUGAUUUCAAGUCACUCGAAAAGCGUAAUGUACGUCUUUAG